AUGUUGAAUUCGAAAUCUAUUGAUAGUAUCAUAGAAUUAGUUAAAAAUUCCGAUUCAACACUAAGCAAAUUUGUUCAUGAAGCCAAUGCAGUUAAGUCAAUUGCAUCAAAACAAGACAUAAUUCAUGAUUUUAUCAAACAACACUUCAAAACAUUGAUCGAUUGCGCUUUAAAUACUAAUUCCUCACUUGACGCUAAAGAGCAAUCAUAUUACGACUUAGUAAUUCGUGCUUACGCCGAAAGAUUUCCAUUGGAUGUAACGAAUUGUGAAUAUUUUUUCGACAAAGUAUUAGAAUUUGCUAAACCAGAAAGCCCUGAGCGCACUCUCAUCUGCAUUGCUGAAACAUUCCUUUCUAUUCUCAGAUCAAAGAAUCAAGCCGCGAUCAGUGUUUUUGCAAUGCAUCCGCAAAUCUUUGAGAGCCUGAUACAAUCUAUUCAUUACAAUUCAAUUUUCGAGUCCCUCAGAAUGAUUUCUAUUCAAAAUAACCCUUCUUUGAAUCUUCUUUACGAACAGAUCAUGAUAUCUGAAAUUUUAUACAACCAAUUGUUUAUACAGAAGAGUUAUCGUGUUGCCAUCAUCUUAUCUAAUAUCAUUGGCAUUCUCGCGAUUCCUUCCAAUAAUAUUUCGUUUUUCUGUUCACAACAACGCCUUGAUCAGCUUUUAGCUUUAACAUACGACACAAAUGACGCGAUUUUGGCAAGCGGAUGCCUCAAAUUUUUUUAUUCUUUACUUAUUCAAGUUGAAUACGCAAAAUCAUCAGAUAUAGACAGUGAUUCAUCAGAAUACGAUGAUAGCGAUAAUCUUUACGAAAUAUCUGAUUUCUUUGAAGCAAGAUUUCCUCAAUUCACUAAUUUUGCGAUGUCUAACAAACCAUUUGCUUAUGAUAAAGGCUCUGCGAUCACAUUAAUCACCCGCCUUAUUCCUUUCCUUAAAACUAACAUAGAACCCGCUUCUCAUCUUUUAGAUUACUUAUUUGAGCUAACAAUCAGUAAUCCAUGCCAAUCAAUGAUCCACAAUGCAUUCUUGUCCACUUUCGAGGCUUGCAAGAACACAGGAAUCGAUUUAAACGAAUUUGAUAAAAGAUGUCAAGUAAAAUCACGAAUUGCCCAUAUUUUCAAUAAGAGACAUUACGUAUUGGCCAAUUUCUGGGCCCAUCUCCACGCCGUGGCCAAAGAACUCAUUUCUGAUACAGAAUGUUAUUCAACCGACGAUGAUUCCGAGAGAUCCGAUGCUUUUACGCAGCCACCAGCCACCAAUCAAGAGAACUCGCUCAUCGCACAGCAGGAUUACGUCCAAAUGCCACUGAUGACCAAUGAAGAUAUUCUUGGAGAUUCUGAUGACGAAGAGAUCAUCUCGGAUCCAGGUGAUUUGACAUUGAAUUAUAAUGACAAUGCCAUUGUUACACCUCCGGUUGAUUCUCCUGCAAGGGAACGUGCAAUUUCGCUUUCUCCUAUGUCAAUGGGCAACAAUAUCUAUGACAUGCACCCGUUUUUAACACCUGCUCCGCCUAUUCCUGCAUUCGAUAAACCGUUUUCUGGUCUUGUUACUAACCAAAGGGCUCAAUCUUUCUCAACUACCCUUUCCAUUGCAGAUAUCGGGCCACCACCGCCAAUACCAACAUUACCUGUCAUAACAAUGUCCCCUGCUUCAUCAUUGAGAGCAAAAAAGUUCGAAGAAUCCCCUCCAGACGAUCCAUGUGACGCAAAUUCAUGGAGGAAGUUCGUAAAGGGACAGUUCGCUCAGAUGUCUGAAAUAAUGUCUAAUGAUUAUGGUGGUCCUUUGCCUGGAGACGCUCAAGAUAAUCUUUUCGAUCUAGGAACAUCUGAUGAAGACGAUCUAUAUUAA